AAAUAAACAAGCUGCAUUCUAUGGGGCGAGAAGCCUGGAGUCAGAGCAGACGCCAGGGCGACCGAAGGCAGAGGCACAGAUUCGGUCAUUUUAUUCUGUAAGACCUUUUUCUACUCCGAAGCUUUGCUUUUGGAAGAGAGAAGAGUCCAUCUGAGAAGGCAUACUUCAGUGAUUUGGUUCAGAGUCUUUUACAUGUACCUGAGAGUAAUAUGAAUGAAGAAAUAAGAAGAUGCAAUCAAAGUUGUCCUGGGGAAGGAUGUGUAUCAUUGGCUAAAGAGAAGACUUGGAACUUCUUGAGUUGAGAGGAUAAAAGAUGAAGAAGAUGAUCUGUUAGAGACCACUUGUAGCAAUGGUUUGAACUCCAAAGGACAUAUAAUGGCAUUUUAAUUCUGAUCUGGGGCCUGAAUUUGGGAAAGGAAGAGUGAAGAAUAGUUGUCCAAGAGAUAAGAUGUCCAUCAUGUGUAUGCCUGAUGUCUACCAAGGUCACAAGAGGGUGUCGGAAAAACUUGCUUCUCUCCAUGGUGAGACUGAGUACGGCAAAUGUUUGAUCAGUAAUCAGGAAGAAAAGUAGAGUUGUAUGAAGUAACUUUUGGGAUUUAUUUCUUUAAUAUAAAGAGAAAACUUUGAAUUAGUCCUCGCCUCUGUCAACUCCACAUCAGAAAUGGAAGUAACUGGGACCCCCAGCAGUUAUAGUAACAGGAACUGUACAAUAGAAAACUUUAAGAAGGAAUUUUACCCCAUCAUAUACCUGAUAAUAUUUUUCUGGGGAGCCUUGGGAAAUGGCUUUUCCAUAUAUGUCUUUCUACAGACUUGCAAGAAGUCCACAUCUGUAAAUGUUUUCAUGCUCAACCUGGCCACUUCCGAUUUUCUAUUCAUCAGCACCUUGCCCUUCAGGGCUGACUAUUAUUUCAGAGGUUCCAAUUGGAUAUUUGGGGACUUGGCCUGCAGAGUCAUGUCUUAUUCCUUAUAUGUCAACAUGUAUACUAGCAUUUAUUUCCUAACUGUGCUGAGUGUGGUGCGUUUCCUGGCCACAGUCCACCCCUUCCGGAUGUUCCAUGUCACCAGUGUCAGGAGUGCCUGGAUCCUCUGUGGGAUCAUAUGGGUUUUCAUCAUGGCUUCCUCAGCCCUGCUUCUGGUGAACGGCCAAGAGGAGAAAGAUAACAUUAUAUCAUGCUUGGAGCUGAGUCCUCAAAAGUUUAAAAGUCUCCUGAUCAUGAACCACAUUGCAGUAGCGGUAGGCUUCUUGCUCCCAUUUCUCACGCUCACCGUCUGCUACCUGCUGAUCAUCCGGAUCUUGUUAAAGGCUGAGAUUCCAGAAUCAGGUCCACGUGCUGCUCAUAGGAAGGCGCUGACCACCAUUGUCAUUGCCAUGAUCACCUUCCUCCUCUGUUUUCUGCCAUACCAUGCACUGCGGACCCUCCACUUGGUCACAUGGGAUAAAGAUUCAUGUGGGGAUGUGCUACAUAAGGCCACAGUCAUCACACUGACCAUGGCUGCAGCCAAUAGCUGCUUCAAUCCCUUUCUCUAUUAUUUUGCUGGGGAGAAUUUCAAAGCUCGAUUAAGGGCUAUAUUCAGCAAAGUUCAUCUAUAGAAAUUAAAGUCAAAGUGCAGCCUUCCUGUUUGUGAGUAGCUGAAGAACAGAAUUAAGAGUAUAAGGAGCUGUUCUGCAGGCAUGCUCAUGAACAUUGGUGUCCACCUUCAUUCACUCAGAGUCUCCAACUUACUUUAUAUUUGCAUCCUAACCAACAAGUUGGUUCCUGACAUUUAAUUGACCACAACAUUUGCUAAUAAAGUCUAUUUCAGAAAUUUCAUUAGAUAUAUUUUUAGUGGUUGGAACUAAAUGGGAAGUGUAAGAAAAAAUAUUUCUACUGGAAUCUUGCAUGCUGAAAUGUGACAUUGGGAAGACUUGUCAAACACUGUAGGGCCAUGUUUUGCAUCAGAUCCUAUGUUAGCUCUCUGGCCCAGACAUUCUAAAUUCCUAACUUGAAGACAUCCUUAAGCACCCCAGCUUCUCCAAAUCCUUUCCUCAUUAAAGCCUUUGAGACACAGUCAAACCUACUGGGAGCUUCUGUGCAUCGAGGAGAGCAUCCCAAGGGCUCUGGAGCAGGCUUUGAUUUGAAGAGGAAAACUGUCCUUUAAUAAUUCAAGUCAAGGUCCAGACAAGGUUGGCAAGAGAAAAAGGAGGAGAAGAAUUAAAGCAAAAGAGAGUGAAUAAUAAGUAGAGGUAAAGAGUAAUUUCCUCUUUGCCUCCAAGAGAUGGGUUCUAGCAACCAAAUGGAAGGAUGUGCCUGUAGUGCCUUUUUUACCAGGAGUUAGGAAAACUGAGGAGUGAGGCUGUGUGGGGAUCACUUCCCUAUGGGAUUCAGGAAUUGUGUGUAGAAUAGGGACAAGGAAUAGUCACGGACAUGUAUCUCAUGACACUUGGGUCUGAAGUGAUGUCAUUGUAGUCAUUGACCCCUCCUAGUAACCCACAGAGAUGACAACUGAAGGAAGUGGGCCUUUGGAAAAGGGCUGGGCAGAAUGUGAGAAGUGUUAUAAAAAAAUCUUUAAUAUUAGUUUCUAUCCACAGAAACUGACUACAGAUACUACCAAUUAUUCACAUGACCAUUGUGUUGACCCCAACAAUCAAGUGGCAUCCCUGUGCUGAGCCUUCAGAAAUGCUGGAGAAAGCACAGAGAUUUCAUGGGUGGAGAACUUAAAAAGUAUGUCCUAGUCUACACAGCUAGUGAGCAGUUUAAAAGCUCUGCAGAAAUGUUGACUGGAUGCUCUUCCCCACCCACCACCCCCUGUGAACCUCCAGAAAGUCUGCAUGGAAACCCAUGGUCAAAAGUCUACAUGGAGACUUUCUCUCUUGUCAGACACAUAUGCCUUUCUCAUCCUUGCAAGGAAACCAAGGUCUGGGGGCUGGAGAGAUGCUUUGGGGUGAAUAGUACUUGUUGCUUUUAUAGAGGAUCCAAGCACUGACAUGGAGCCUCACAGUCAUCUUUCACUCCAGUUCCACAGGACCUGAUGCUCUCUUGUGGCUCUGUGGGCAUGCACACAGUGUGCAGACAUAUGUACAGAUAAGACACUCGUACAUGUAAAAACUCUUAACAACAAUGACAACAACACUGAAAAAAAUAGCAAUUUUUGGCCUCUGGCACCCUUGAGUGUGGAAGGGAGAUUGUCUUUGCAGUUGGAGAGCACUAUAGUAUUGUUUAUAUAAAACGACGACUCUGUCUGUAACCUUCCUUAUUUAGCUACUAGAAUGAUAGAGAGAUAUCAGAGGAAGACCCUAGUACAUCUGCCUACAGGGAACUCCUCUAUCCUAGGGAAAAGGCUAACAGAUACUUGGGAAUCCUCCAACCCCAAAUCUGAGUGUCUGCUCUUUGAUUUAUCUGACAGCGAAGCCUACAAUCUGAUCCACUCCUUCCAGUCCCAGAGAGCAUCUAGCCACCUUGGUCUAGUUCCACUCUUGAUUAUAAGCAAUUUAAUGACCACACAAUUUUCAAUGGAAAAAACCCUUAAUAUUCAAGGCACUAACAAUUAAGAGCACAGAAGAAGACAUCUUCAAUAGGAAAGGUCUCAAUGUUUUUUGUUUUUGUUUUUUAAACUUGUAUCAGAAAGCACUGGGAUACUGUUCAAAACAAACAAACAAACAAACACAAGCAGACAGGCAACCAAAACAACUAUAGCACAAUGCAGUCAUUAGUUUGUUUGAGUAGUAACUGGAGCCCACUACAUAGUUGAAUAUUUACACAGAGCUUGACACAUAGAAACACUACUAUGGAGUCUUAGGAAAUGAGUGGAAAGGGUGCACAUGGGGGUGGGGGCAGAGGCACAGGAAGCUUGGGUUUCCAUCUUCAACCAGAGAGAAUUCAUGUUAACCAGAGUUGGGGAGCAAUAAACAGCUACGCAGCAUCUUGUUUAGUGAGAGGGAGUGAAUGGGAGAAGGGUGGUGGUGCAAAAAGACCUGGAGGAGAUUACCUCUGGACAGGGAUUUGAGAGUGGGAUACACACACACACACACACACACACACACACACACACACACACACACAUAUCUCAAUCAAAGAGGAUGAAUGUUUUAUUUGUUUCUCAGUGUUGCAAAGCCGGUGCUUCACUGUGGGAAAACAACAGCCAACACAGCACAUGGUGAAACAAAGACAGUAUUCUCCCGCCUCUGACAUUGUAGAAUACUUCCCUGCAUUUCCAAUGAGAAGACACUAAGUCUCUGACCCAAAUCCAGUGGUGGAUAUGGGCAAGUAACAAAAUUAUCUAAGAUAAUUUAUAUAUCUUAGAUAUAUUAUUAUAUUGACUUAUGAAAGUCUUAUAACCAGUAGGUAGGGUCUCACCAUGUAGCAGUGGCUGGUUUAGAACUUGUUGUGUAGACCAACCUUGAACUAACAUCUGCCUGUUGAGUGCUGGGAUUAGAAGGUGGUCUGUCACCAAACCCAGCCUCAUAACCACUUUUCACCGCAGAUGAUCUUAAGAAUUCUAAACACCAGGGCUUAACUCCUAGUCUAAAUACUUAGUAUGGCAAUUAUCAAAAAUCUGUACACUGUGUUUAUCUGCAUCCUUUAGGAAGUUGGGGGUGGCUCUUAAGUAGCACUGUCAAGAACAGUUUCUUUCCAUCAGUAUUGCUAAAAGUUAUUUCAAGUCCUCUACUCUCCACUAGUUUAAGACAAGCAUGCUGGAGCAGGUCACAUCCAGUUUGAUCUGGAGUGGAGGGGUGCCAUGGUCUUCACAUAUUUCUCAUAUGCUUCUUCACUCAUCAUUCAUCUAGCUCUGAAGGGUCGCUCAGUGUCAUCUUGAUCAGCCAACCAUCUUUGUAACAGGAUUUGUUGACGAGCCCUGGGUCUUCGGCAAUGGCUUCACUGACUUCAGUUACCUCUCCUGACAAAGGUGAGGAGAGCUCACUGGCAGCCUUCACACUCUCCAAAGCACCAAACUCCUCUUGUUUUUUUUCUCAAUUUUGUCCCAACUUCAGGCAGACUACAGUAAACAACAUCUUCCAAAGCUUCCUGUGCAAAAUUGCUGAUUCCCACUGUUCCAAUACCUUCCUCUGUUGUUAUCCAUUCAUGUUUCUCUGUGAAUUUACGCACUGACAGCAAAGCAGAUCCGGUGCGCAGUGAGCAGAGGCCAGGGCGGUGCGCAGGCUGUAGGCCACAACCCGAAAGCUCCUCGACCCUUGCAGCGACAUGAUCAGAGGUCCGGAGUGGGUAACUGUGCUUCGCCUCCGCCACCAGGCCAGCGGGGUGGGAUAUUUGUUAUUGAGAAUUGUUAAACUGAGUGAUUUGUGAAUGUAUGCUGCUGAAAUAAAAUGAAAUUAAAUAGAAACCUUUAAA